AGCAGAAGUGUCAAGUUUUAACAAAGAGCACCGCACGAGAGCUUCAUAUUCCCUUUUUUUAUAUGGUGUAACUUUUUUUUUUAACUUUCAAAUAACCUUCCAUCAAUUCAUGCUUGAGGAUUAUUUUCGGAUUUCUACACAAUUUUGGGGGAUUUUAUUAUUUUUGGAUCUGCUGAUUUAAUUUAGCAGCAGCUUGGUGUUUCACCAUGAAGCUGACAGGAGUUUUUCUCUUAUUGAUGCUUUGGACCUGCGACAGUGCCAGAAUCGCAGAGACUCCAGAAGACAACAGCGUGUAUGACCUGUUCGAGCUGGUCCAAGUCCCCAGUACCAACCACGGGGUCACCCUCGUUAAAGGAGACGACCCAUACAGCCCCGCCUACAAGAUCCUCAACCCGGACCUGAUCCCCCCGGUCCCCGAGAGCUCCUUCAGGGACCUGAUCGACUCCAUCCACGCCGAGAGGGGCUUCCUCCUCCUGCUGAACUUCAAGCAGUUCAAACGGACCAGGGGCAGCCUGCUGACCGUGGAGAAGAAGGACGGCUCCGGACCCGUGUUUGAGAUCGUCUCCAACGGCAAAGCGAACACCUUGGACAUAGUUUACUCCACCGAGAACAAGCAGCAGGUGGUUUCCAUCGAGGAUGUGGAUCUGGCCACGGGUCACUGGAAGAACAUCACCCUGUUCGUGCAGGAGGACCGGGCUCUGCUGUACGCGGGAUGUGAGGAGGUGAACAACGCCGAGCUGGACGCGCCGAUUCAGAGCAUCCUGACGCAGGAGACCCCGACGAGCGCGAGGCUCCGGGUGGGCAAGGGAGCCGUGAAGGACAGGUUUAUGGGGGUGCUGCAAAACGUGCGUUUUGUGUUUGGAACUACACUGGAUGCCAUCCUCCGCAACAAAGGAUGCCAGAGCUCAAUUACAACUGACACCAUGAUCCUCAAGAACCUGAACGGCUCCUCUGCCAUCAGAACGGAGUACACAGGACAUAAGACGAAAGAUCUGCAGAUGGUCUGUGGUUUCUCCUGUGAGGAUCUGGUCAGCAUGUUUAAGGAGCUGAAGGGCCUUGGUGUAGUGGUCAAAGAGCUGUCCAACGAGCUCCGCCAACUGACGGAUGAAAACAAGCUGAUUAACAACCGCAUUGGCAUUCAUAGCGGCGUCUGCAUCCACAAUGGCAUCGUGCGUAAGAACAGAGACGAGUGGACCGUGGACGACUGCACCGAGUGCACGUGUCAGAAUUCUGCUACCGUGUGCCGCAAGAUCUCCUGCCCCCUCAUCCCCUGCGCUAAUGCUACUGUCCCCGAUGGAGAGUGCUGCCCCCGCUGUGGAACGCCGAGCGACUAUGCAGAGGACGGCUGGUCGCCGUGGUCUGAAUGGACCCAUUGUUCCGUGUCAUGUGGGCGGGGCAUCCAGCAGCGUGGGCGCUCCUGUGACCGUAUCAAUAACAACUGCGAGGGCACCUCUGUGCAGACUCGCGAUUGCUACCUUCAAGAGUGUGACAAGCGCUUCAAGCAGGAUGGCAGCUGGAGCCACUGGUCGCCCUGGUCGUCCUGCUCAGUCACCUGCGGAUCUGGAGUCAUCACCCGGAUCCGCCUCUGCAACUCCCCCACCCCCCAGCUGGGUGGCAAGGACUGCGAGGGAGAGGGCCGCCAAACCGAGAAGUGUCAGAAGUCUCCAUGUCCCAUAAAUGGCAACUGGGGACCCUGGUCGCCGUGGGAUACGUGCACUACCACCUGCGGAGGUGGUGUCCAGACUCGUAAACGUCUGUGCAACGACCCUGCGCCGAAGUUCGGGGGAAAAGAGUGCGUUGGCGAUGCCAAGGGCACCCAGAUGUGCAACAAGAAAGCCUGCCCCAUCGAUGGGUGCUUGUCCAACCCCUGCUUUGCUGGAGCGAAAUGCACCAGUCUCCCUGAUGGUUCCUGGAAAUGUGGAAAAUGCCCCGUUGGCUACACCGGCAACGGUAUCAAAUGUAAAGAUGUUGACGAGUGCAAGGAAGUUCCAGAUGCUUGCUUUGAGUUUAAUGGUGUGCAUCGCUGCGAGAACACAGACCCCGGAUACAACUGUUUGCCAUGUCCUCCUCGGUACUCAGGACCCCAGCCAUUUGGCCGAGGCGUGGAACAGGCUGCUGCUAAUAAACAGGUGUGCACGCCCCGUAAUCCCUGCCUUGAUGGAAGCCACGACUGCAACAAAAAUGCCCGCUGCAACUACCUUGGACACUUCGCUGAGCCCAUGUUCCGCUGCGAGUGCAAACCCGGCUACGCUGGCAACGGACACAUCUGUGGAGAGGACACGGAUCUGGACGGAUGGCCCAAUUCUGACUUGGUUUGUGUGGAAAAUGCCACCUACCACUGCAAAAAGGAUAACUGCCCCAAUCUUCCUAAUUCAGGACAAGAAGAUUAUGACAAAGAUGGCAUUGGCGAUGCCUGUGACAAUGAUGACGACAAUGAUGGCAUUCCUGAUGACAGGGACAACUGUCCGUUCGUGUAUAACCCGAGGCAGUACGACUACGACCGCGAUGACGUGGGCGACCGUUGUGAUAACUGCCCCUACAACAGUAACCCUGAUCAGACUGACACGGACAACAACGGCGAGGGCGAUGCCUGUGCUGUGGACAUUGAUGGAGAUGGCAUUCUCAAUGAAAAGGACAACUGUCCAUACGUCUACAACGUCGACCAGAGAGACACAGAUCUGGACGGAGUUGGAGACAUGUGUGAUAACUGCCCUCUGGAACAUAAUCCCGAUCAGCUGGACUCAGAUGACGAUCGCGUCGGCGACAAAUGCGACAGCAACCAGGACAUCGACGAGGACGGCCACCAGAACAACCUGGACAACUGCCCGUACAUUCCCAAUGCCAACCAAGCCGACCACGACAAGGAUGGCAAGGGAGAUGCCUGUGACCAUGACGACGACAACGACGGCAUCCCCGACGACAAAGACAACUGCAGACUGGCCUUUAACCCUGACCAGCUGGACUCUGACGGUGAUGGCCGUGGAGAUGCUUGCAAAGACGAUUUUGAUCAGGACCAAGUGCCUGACAUCUACGACGUGUGUCCAGAGAACUUUGACAUCAGUCAGACAGAUUUCCGCAAGUUCCAAAUGGUUCCUCUGGAUCCAAAAGGCACCUCUCAGAUUGACCCGAACUGGGUUGUUCGCCAUCAGGGCAAAGAACUGGUCCAAACCGUUAACUGUGACCCUGGCAUUGCAGUUGGUUACCAUGAGUUCAAUGCAGUGGACUUCAGUGGAACUUUCUUCAUCAACACUGAAAGGGACGACGACUACGCUGGAUUUGUGUUUGGAUACCAGUCGAGCUCCAGGUUUUACGUCGUCAUGUGGAAGCAGAUCACACAGACCUACUGGUCAAACAAACCCACCAAGGCCCAGGGCUACUCUGGCCUGUCCAUCAAAGUGGUCAACUCCACCACCGGGCCAGGAGAACACCUCAGAAAUGCCCUCUGGCACACAGGCAACACCCCUGGACAGGUCCGCACCCUCUGGCAUGACCCAAAGAAUGUUGGAUGGAAAGAUUUCACUGCUUACAGGUGGCACCUGAUCCACAGGCCAAGAACAGGACUUAUUCGAGUCGUGAUGUAUGAGGGUAAGAAGAUCAUGGCAGACUCUGGUAGUCUCUACGACAAGACAUACGCUGGAGGCAGGCUAGGUCUUUUCGUCUUCUCGCAAGAGAUGGUAUACUUCUCAGACCUCAAGUAUGAAUGCAGAGACGUGUAAUGCCUGGCAUUGGAAGCUCUGAGGAAUGCACCUUUUUUUUUGUAUAAAGUAUGAACUUAUAUACUCUCAUGCGAAGUCCAGGGACCGAUUUAUCUCUGAAACGCUUUCUUCUGUGGCACGCACACUUGAACAGUGCGGCGGGCUUGUGCUCAGCCUCAGAGUGACUCGAAGCUGGUUUGGGCAGACGGCCGAUCGGCUACCUUCCAGCUGAGGACCAGAGAUCCACCCUUAGCAUCCCUGAGAGCAGGUUGAGGAACAGAAAAAAUAAAAAAUAAAACUGAAAAAAAAGGCCUUUUAGAUCAACUGGUCGGACACCGAGAACCUUCAAUCCCAGCUCGGCCUGCUUUCAUGCUCUCUGAAAGACCUCAUUCAUCUGUGUGUGGGACGGCUCCUCAUAGACAACUAUGCACUUCCAAGCCUUUACAUCUCUCUCUGCCUUUCUUCUAAACUGCCACCUCUUCAGCCUGUGUGCCUUUCUGCCUCGCCUUCUGGAAGGACAUCCCAAAGAUAAGACUGAACUUGCUUUAUCCGAACUGACCAGGAUGUAGAAUCUGAACGAUACAAUUUGUGAGGACUGGAAGGACUGAGACAGCAAAAACGCUUUUUUUUUUGCUUUUUUUUUUUUUUAGGAACUUUUGGACUUGAAAUAUAAAGAAACUGUCGGAAGUGCUGCGAGUUAGAAAUACCAGGGAGGGCGAUGCCAUGGGUGUUCACGUUCAUGCAUGUGCUGUGUGUGGGAAACUAGCCAUUAAUGAAAUAAGAGAGGUUUUUAUUAACUGAUCUACCUAAGAAUCACUGAUGGAGAGGACAAAGAAGGACAACAUUCAAGUUUGUUUUGUUUUGGGUUUUUUUUUUCAUACAAGAGUUUGCUGAUUUCAUCUGGUACAAUUUAAACAACUCUCAGGAUUAUAAGUUUCAAUUAUACAAUUUUAAAGCAGGUAGAAGAAUACAUGCUAUUAAUUCAUAAAAAAAAAAUAAGAAUGCUGGAGUUUGUUCAUUCAAAACCCAUAAAAUAUUGCCCAUUUGGCAUUAUAAUCCCAGUCCAUAAAGAAAUAUCUCCAUCAUUUUCAGAUAAUUUCUUCAUGAAAUUGUGUAAAUAGGUGUAAUUUAUUGACUCUUGCCUACAGUGUAGGCAAUCAACAAAAGUUAAAUAUACUUUCAAAUUGCAGGAUCUGUAUCACAGUCAAAAAUUACCCAAAAAUGCUUUUCAAAUAGAGGAUUGCUGCCUCUUGGCAUUUUUUAAAAUCAUCUCCCGUUGUACAAAGAAAAUGACGUAUUCUUUAGAUACGGUGUUUAUGAAGUGUAAUGCAACUCGUGUGCUUUUUCUUCAGAGAGAGAUGAAAAAACAAAGGAAAUCUUUAAUGUACAAUUAUUACCUCAUUGCAGUUGUAAUAUCUGAUUAAACACACAAAAAAAAACACAACCUGAUUAUUUUUUCAUAUUCUUUGAAAUGACGGACAUCUUAGAGCUACUGUAGCGUUAGCUGUAAAUAACACAACAUUUCAUAUCUGCAAAGAGAAAACGGUAGAGCUCCCGUUCUCGUGAUCUACGCCAGUGAAAAUGACAAUACAGUGGGAGAUUUCUUUUUUUAUAUAUAUAUAUAUAAUUUUUGCUUUAUCCUGUAUGUCCAUUGCGAGUUUUUAGCAGAUAAAUUAUUGUUCUGUUUGUCUUAGCUGUUUGUGAGAGGUUGAUUUCUGUGUGUGCGCGUGUGUAGAUAAUUGCUAUUUAAAUAAUUUAUCAGGAUGUGUUGCCUUUCAAAAGGCCACAUGUCCGUCUGUAUAAACGGUUUGCACACUGACGUGAGGAUGUUCUGUUCUUUAUCGUUUUUACUUUUUUUUUGUUAUUGUGUAUCAAUGUUACCGUUUUUUGUUUUUUUUUUUUGUACAAUUAGUUUUGCUUGUCUGUAAACAUUUUCUUAGUUGUACAAAGCAAAAUGCAGUUUUUAUUCUUAGCGACUAUUUUGUUACAUACUUAAAGACAAUAAAUAGUUGGUAAAAUACA